AUGGAGUACGAAGGCCAGCGUCAUUGCCUAUCGCACAAUAUUUCAUGCCAGACCUACAUCUACGACGACCGCCAUGCUCCGUUAACACUGAGUCACAACACACGAGAGAAUCCUCGCAGCUACCCUGUCGGUGGCCCAGUUGGUGGCAUGCACACACGAGCCAUGCUGGGUGGAGAGGACCACAUGGUAGAAUCUGGUCCUGUAAGACGUCGUAUUGCAGUAGCGUGUGCACGUUGCCGUAAGAGAAAGAUUCGGUGCAGCGGUGAUCCAGGCAAUGGGUCUGGUUGUCUCAACUGCCGGGCAGCUGGCGUUGAGUCAAUAAAUUGCCAGUUUCAUCGGGUGGGGUCUGAUGUCGUUCACAAAGUCAUGGAUAAUAUCAACAUGGCCCACAACUUGAGCAGCCUGGCGGGUGCACCACAGAUGAUGCCUGUGUAUCAGUCAGGAGGCAACAGCUCCCUGUAUCAGCGUGCAAUGCCCAUUCAGUACUCGCAAUACCCAACAAUCGACACUAAAUCAACGUAUGCCCCAGCUUGGACUGUUCCGUUUCCCGAAGAUGCCUCGCCUGUGGAAGCAUUCAACCUGGAACAGUCACCAGGAUUUAUACCAAACACGGCACCGAUGGCAAACGCAAGCAUGUACGGGUCCUCAUAUCGAGGAAUUGAUCCAGAGGCGAGAUCUCUGGGGGGUGCAUGCUUCGACCAAGAAUCAUUCAACGGUCUGCCCUGUGCCACUUCAAAUGGCCGGGUCACUCCGCCAGACAUUUCUCCCCUAGACGCUAGCAUGUCAUCUCUCCAGCUGUCUCUCCCCGAAAGACCUCGUCCCCGACAAACACACCCACCAGAGCCCAGCGUCACUCGGAGACAUCUACCAAUGCCACAGCCUAAUCCAGCUCAAUCCAGUCGUAACGCUGUAGAUAAAUCACAAGACGAACGUCUCCGAUCUGCUCGGGUAAGCAGCUCUUCUGUCAUCGAUAACAAGGGAUCUUUUUCAAGACCGCCGAUACCUUGGGUAGUUGAGGGAGGCAAUCAAGCAAAUGUUUCAGGGGUGUCUCCAACAAACGAUGCAAAACAAGUCAUUGCUCAACCCAGACUGCAUGAUAGCACAGAAAACCCAACCGGCUACUUUCCCACCACGGGGGACAUAGCCACAACAAGCACGGGUCCUCAGCUUGAGUUGGCCUUCAGCACCCCGGGUCUUCUCGAUGGAAUGAGCGCAUCUGCACAAGCCACCGCGUAUUCUUGUGUCCGUGGAAGUCGCCAGAUUGCACCAGGAGAUCUUCAAUCUAAUAUUUACGGCUUUGAAAACAAGCAUUCAGCGAAGCGGAGCUCCACGGUUGGUGACUUGCCGAGCAAUCACCCGUUAGGCACUAGUCAUCGUUAUAAUCCGUUGAAUCACUCACCACCUCAGAACUCAUCCAGCAGCCGCAAACCCCAUCGUGACACAUGUCAUGGCCGAAACACGCGGUUGCAACGCACUUCUGUAGGUAGCCUGAAAGCCACCUACUAA